UGGGAAAAGUUUACCUCUUUGAUUUACCCAGGUAGUCUUUCUGUUGAAAGAAAUAAGCUUACAUAAAUUUUACGUAAUUGUUUAUUUUGAUUUAAAUAACGAUUUCAGCUGCAAUCUAAUAACCAAAAGAGUGGUCUUGUGAAUCCCGAGUGUCAGUAAAAUUGUAACUGAAAACACGCCAAUCCCUUGCAGAAAUAAUUCAGAGAAAACUACUACACCUUAACAGCAACGUGGAACGACAACUAACAGAUCAUGUUAUGUUAUUUUUGACAUACCGUACACUUAACGAUUUUGUACUUUUGCGCUCAGCCAUAUACGAAUUUCUUUUUUUAAAAAACAAAAUAUAGUGAGACUGUAAAGGCAGGCCUUCUGCUUGAGUGGUUGUUUUGCUCGCGUUAAGCUGGCUAACAGCAUGGCCAACACGGAGCAAAAUUCGUUGGAUCUUCACGGAGACGAAGAAAUAAUUGAAGUCAUUGACCUGAACGACACCGAGGCAACGCCAGACGACCUGGCAGACGACUUGGAGGAUGUGGACUUUGAGGAGCCUUCUAACGCCGAUGAUGACCAGGGCUGGGAGACGGAGGAUGAGAUGGAGGUGGAGCAGGAUGACAGCGAGAUGACCUUCUCCAAGCACACCGGCUCUGUAUUUUGCGUGAGCUUGGACCCGGCCACCAACAGCCUGGCAGUUACGGGAGGAGAAGAUGAUAAGGCAUACGUGUGGAGAGUGAGCGACGGCGAAGUUAUGUUUGAGUGCACGGGACACAAGGACUCGGUCACAUGUGUCAUGUUCAGCCAUGACUCCUCCCUCGUGGCCUCGGGGGACAUGAGUGGCAUGAUCAAAGUCUGGAAAGUGGAGACGAAAGAGGAGAUCUGGUCUUUCGAAGUGGGAGAUCUUGAGUGGCUGGAGUGGCAUCCUUGUGCUCCAGUGCUGCUUGCAGGAACUGAUGAUGGGAACAUGUGGAUGUGGAAGAUCCCCAGCGGUGACUGUAAAACAUUUCAGAGUUCUUCGUGCCAAGCCACGAGUGGAAAGAUCCUUCCUGAUGGUAAACGCGCUGUGGUGGGUUAUGAGGAUGGAACGGUGCGCUUGUGGGACUUGAAGCAGGGCAACACCAUCCAUGUCAUUAAAGGUCAGGAUGGCCACAAGGGGGCGCUGACCUGUCUUGCAUGCAACAAGGACGGAUCUCUGGUACUCACUGGCUCAGUGGAUGGCUGUGCAAAGCUCAUCAACACUGCAACCGGCAAGGUGGUGGGAGUGUUCUCUCUGGAGGGGCUCAAAGCCAAAGGGUCGAGGGACGAGGAAGAAUCCAACUCUGUUGAAUCUGUGGGAUUGUGCAACAUCCUUCCCCUCAUCGCCGUGGCAUACCUGGAUGGCACCUUGGCCAUCUAUGAUCUCUCCACACAGGUCCUGCGACACAGCUGCCGACAUGAGACAGGUAUCGUUCACCUACAGUGGGAGGAGUCUUCUUCUGUGGUGUCUACAUGCAGUUUAGAUGGAGCGCUGCGUCAGUGGGACGCUCGCUCUGGCAACCUGGUGUCCGAGUACCGUGGCCACGCUGCAGAGAUCCUAGACUUCACUGUUAACAGAGAGGCGACGCUGGCGGUCACUGCCUCAGGAGACAACAAAGCCAAAGUUUUCUGCCUCCAAAGACCCGAUCGAUAAAAAACUUUUAAAAAAAGGAGCCAAUGAGAGAGAAGUUAGGAAAGACAACCUUCAAUUCUCAGGAAUAAGGACCGCAUCUUUCGUUCCUAUAUCUUAGCCACAUUCGUGACCCAGUGGAGGAAAAGAUUUCCGCUUAUUGCGUCUGUGCUCUAUUCUUGUGGCUGAACAAGAAUGCAUUAAAUUAUCUUCCCUCUCCAACUUUUAUCUUAAUCUUCUGACCAGUCCACUCGUGUAAACAUCAGAAAAAUCUGAAAAGACUGCUUUUUCUGUUUAUUCGCUUUCGGCUCCCCAACUGCAAACCUGCCAACAUGUACUCAGCAAAACAUAAUUUCCUGUGUACAGCUCCGCAAACUCCAAUGCAUUGAUUAGUUCCAGCUGCAACAAAACUCCCCUUCUCUCUUUAAUUACCAUCGUUCACCAGCUACAAAGGAAGCAAACACGUCACAUCACACGCUCAAACCUGACAAAGCUCAUUUUAUGGGCCAGCAGCUCAUAAUUUAUGGGCCUCACUAUGAGCGACCCUGGGCCUCAUAGUGAAAAAUAAAAGGAUGCAAGGGCCACUUUGAUAUUUUAGAUGUGCUGAGAUGCCAUAUUCAGUAUAUUUCACAAAAAAAAACCUGCAGCUCAGGCUUAUUAUUAGUAUGAACAUUUCUCCCCCACAAUUCCUACUUUCUUUUAAAUAAUCGCUUUCUUCUUAUGGUAGGACUUUAUUCUCAUAUUUUUGAUUUUUUUAAAUAUAUAUUUCAACACCACAGCAUGCUAUUAAAAUGACAUCAUAUUACAAUAUGGUGAUGGUUUUUGACGAUUUAGAAUUUUAUUCUUGUACAAUUGAAGCUGCUUUUUUCUCUUCCUGCUCCUGCUUUUCAUAAAAAGUUUCCAACUAUUCCAAUUUUCUUCUUAUAAUUAUAACUUCAACCAUAAUGUUUUCAACUUGUUCACAAUAUAACUUUUUCCUUAACCUAUUUGUUGUUUUUUUAUAUAUUUUCUUGAAUAUUUCAACUUCAUGCUACUAAAAUGACUGUUUUCUCAUAUUACAAUAUUCUCGUACUUUUUCUUUUAUUUUCACAUUUUAUUUUUUACUGUUGGACACCGCUAAUGUAAACAGAACGUGCUGAAAUGCUGUUCCUAAUAACCAAUUAUAACACAAAACUUUGUUUUCAAAUGUAGAUGUAAAUGAUUGUCAAAUGUAAAAUAAUAUAUCAUUAAUAAUCUAUAAAAUGAUGUUUAAAGUCAUUUUACAAAAUAAAAAUAUCUGAAAAUGUCAAAUUAGUCAUAAAGUUCCCUUCUGGUUGGUGGGAUUGAAAUUAUAGCGAUAACAUCGCACCACGCCAGCUGUGAUUUCUUGUGGCGACAUUUUACCAAACAAAAGCAAAUGUUAAAUCUGAGUCAUGAUGGAGACAAGAACUGAUCUUAAGAUUGUGUCCUUGUGUUUUAUAUCUCCUCGAGAAGUCCGCCAGGCUGGAAGCAAAGCGUAUUUAUGUUGGAAGCAGCCAGUCUAGUUGAGUUAGGUCUGCCAUUUUGACGUACAUGGACACAAAUUUGAAACCAUAAGAAGGAUGACCUUCUGUUUCUGACCGGUUUCUGUUUCUUUUGUUUGCCAGCAAAAACAUCCUGUGCAUGAGUGUUUCUUCCUA